CAACAAAGUUCAUCACAAGCUGCUGAUAUCUCAAUCUGAGAACAUCUCUCUCCAAGUUCCAAAAACAAACUACUCAUCAUGUCUGGCCGUGGCAAGGGAGGAAAGGUGAAGGGAAAGGCAAAGUCCCGAUCCAGCCGUGCAGGGCUCCAGUUCCCAGUGGGUCGUAUCCAUCGUCUCUUGAGGAAGGGCAACUACGCCGAGCGAGUGGGUGCGGGUGCCCCCGUCUACUUGGCUGCCGUCAUGGAGUACUUGGCCGCUGAAGUCCUCGAGUUGGCUGGAAAUGCUGCCCGAGACAACAAAAAGACCAGGAUCAUCCCUCGUCACCUUCAACUCGCCAUCCGAAACGACGAGGAAUUGAACAAGCUGCUCUCCGGGGUCACCAUCGCCCAGGGAGGUGUCCUUCCCAACAUCCAAGCCGUCCUUCUCCCCAAGAAGACGGAAAAGAAGUCCGCCUAAUUCCUCAGCUUUCACAGAUCUACUCGCUAACAACCCAACGGCCCUUUUAAGGGCCACCA